UCAGCUUUUAUCUUCCUCGCUUCUUUCUCUUCUUCGACCUCUCGCUGAUCUCCCAUAAUAAGAAGAGAAAGAAGUCAUCUGUCUUCUUUCUCGAUAACGUCUUCUUCUUCGUCGACCUCUCUCUUUUGUGACACCUAUUUAUUAAAAUGGGUGGUUGCGCCAGCAAGCCGAAGACCAGCGAUGGAGUGGCUGUCCCAGUGCCCGCACCCACUCUCGUUGAGGUUGAGGUUGAAUCGCUGAAGACAACGACGACAAUGGCAGAAGUUUCCAUCGUGGAGAAAGAUGUCGAGGUCGUCGUAAAUAAAGAAAAGAAGAGCGACGAUGAAGUUGAUGAGAAGAAGGUUGAUGAGGGUGAGAAGAAAGUUGAGGAGGGCAACCAACUGCAUUCUCUUGGAUCUUUGCUCGUUGAGAGUGAAGCGAAAAAAGAAGCAGUUGUGGGUAAAAAAGAAGUAGAAGUUCCAGUUCCAACAGAGCCCAAAAAAGAAGCAAAAGUUGAGGCAGGGAAAUCGGUAGAACCAACACCGCUUGCAGCCGCCGCCGCUGCGGCGCCUGAGGUGGUAGAACCCAAGAAAAUCACCACCGUCGAGGCGCCGGCGCCGGCAACACCCAAGAAAAUCACCACCGUCGAGGCACCGGCAACACCUCAGAAAAUUACCACCGUCGAGGCGCCGGCAGCACCCCAGAAAACCACAACCAUUGAGACGCCGGUGGCGACAGUGGCCAAAGCGUUGACAGAGGGAAAAAAGCAAUAGUCUUUUGAUGCUGCAGAAAUUUGAUUGGAUGAAUGUUAAACUAGAGAAGAAGGUUGAGGAAGGAACGGGAAUUGAUUUGGUUGCAUAUGGAACAUUUUUCUUAUUCAUUUUACGAUUCAGAGAUUCUGAAUGGCAAUGCUUGUAAUUUGCUUCCAUUUUCAUAAUCAAAGAGCAAAAGCCAUUGAAAAUGUUAACUAGAUUGUUAACUAA